AUGGGCGCCUCUCUAUCAAGAAUAUGGAACUUGCUCUGGUCGAAGAAGGAAAUUCGGAUUCUAAUUCUGGGACUCGAUAAUGCUGGAAAGACGACACUUCUUUAUCGCUUAAAGAUUGGCGAAGUUGUAACGACCAUACCUACCAUUGGAUUCAAUGUUGAAUCGGUGACAUAUCGGAAUCUGAAUUUCAAUGUUUGGGAUCUUGGGGGCCAAACAUCGAUUCGUCCGUACUGGCGAUGCUACUAUGCCAACACUGCAGCUGUUAUCUUCGUUAUCGAUUCGACGGAUAUUGAACGGCUGGGAACUGCGGCUGAUGAACUUGCUGCUAUGCUGAACGAAGAGGAACUUCGCGAUGCAAACCUAUUGGUAUUUGCCAACAAGCAAGACCAACCGGGUGCCAAGGGCGCUGGCGAGAUCUCAGAAGCCUUGAAGCUUGGGGAGCUGCGAGACAGGAACUGGAGCAUUGUGGCUUGCUCUGCUAUUGACGGCAAAGGUCUCGACGAAGGCAUGGAUUGGCUGGUGCAAACCAUUCAGUCGGAGAACGCAUAA